AAACCCUAUUAUUUGGGGGAACCGAAGCUUUUCGAAUUGAAGUUUUACGCAAUGGGAGUUGUUAAGUUGGAACUUCGUUGUCCCCAAACUGUUGAGGGAAUUGCUGCCGACCCUGAACCUGAUUGGAGCUUCGAUGCUCUUUUAACAGAGCUUAAUGCAUUGGAAACAAAACUUAGUAGCUCUUCCAAAGUCCCAAUGCCAUUCACUAAAGUGCAAUCGCGUGAUGAUGACGACUCUGAGAAUGAGUCAGCUCUUGAAAUUCAGCCAUACUUGAUGGAGGAAACAGGAUUGGUGGAAGGAGGUUUGAUGGAGCUAACCAGUGAACAUCAGCUUGGGGUCAAGGAGGAGAUUAGGAACAAAAUUUGUACAAUAGAGUCAGAUCUGAUGAGUGAAAAUGAAAAGGUUUCUUCUGCAUUUCUUCGAGUUAAUAAGUAUGGAGAAGCAAGGCGUGAAAAUGAGAGAAAGCUUGAUACCCAAUAUCAACAAAAAAUGUAA